CGCUUUCUGUCCCGGAAAUAAGCAAAAUAACGGGAUAUUACACAGAACCGACAGAAACAGCUGGGAUAUUUGGUGCAAUUGAUGACUUUUCAACUUGGUUUAGGGUUAGAGAAGGUGCUUAAGCUGUAACACGUUUGUUUUCAGUCACUGCGUAAUGCAACGUAUAUUAAACCAUUCAGUGACACCGGGGGAAAUGUUGUCUAUCGUUAUCAUUUAUGUGAUUUAACGAGGCAGCAUAUCUGGUAAAGAACUGCCUCUGUUUACUAUAUCUGUCCUACCUACAUGUUUACAAUGUAGACAAAUACCAGAAAUAGGUGGUUUCGGGUGAUGGUGUUCACAUUUUUUUCAACGAUGGAAUAUCACUCUAUCGAAAAAUACGUUUAAAGGAGCUUACAAGAGCUCCUUUUUCCUGCACAUCAACAUGGAGUGGCCAGGAGAUUUUCCUGAAGACCACGCUUUUGUGGAGCUGCCUCUUAGAGGGGUAUCCAGUGAGCUGGACUUUGAACAACUUCUAAAAGACACAGAAGAAAAGCUGAAACUCAAUGCAAACAGCAUUGAACAGCAGUUGAAGGAGCUCCAGGCCAAAAUGGGAGACUCGCAGCCAGGGGAGCGCCCACCAAGCCCAACAGAAUGUCUGAAAUGGUUCAACUUCAGACUGCACACCACGGCUAGGCCUGUUGCCUCAGGAGAUCUCAUGGACUUCCUUAAAGCUUUGCAACAGUACCUGAGGUCUGAUGAAGAAGGGAAAGAGGAGGUGACACUAGAACUAUUGCUGAAUCUGUCCUCUCAGCGUGGUGUCUGCUUUCCGUGCACCCCUUCUUUCUCUGCAUCCUCCUCUCUUCAUCCUUCACUCAUUCAUGCAGUCAGAGACGACUCUUCAAUAGAGAUUCUGGCAGCGUGGGAUGAUGUGCGUCUCCAGCUGCGCCGCCACCUGCUGGAUCGACUGUCUCCCCGCAUCCCAGAGCAUCCUGGACCAGGACGUAUUUCUACCCUGUCUAUCCCUGAACGGGUCUAUUGUCUGCAACAGCUGUUCUUUCUUUACCCUGAGUCUGAGGCGCUUGCACAUUACCAGGGCAUCAGAGCCCAGUCUGUCCUGGUUCUGCUGCACUCAGCCUUGAAAUCCACAAUAGGCAUUGAGACGGGCUUUGACAGACUGACCGUGGGCUUCCGCUCUGUGGUACCAGUGCUGACCCAAGCUCUGACAGAGGAGCUCCAUGUUCUGUCAAGGUUAGCAGAGCCGCACACCAUCCUGGGUUUCCUUAACGCAGCCUUCCUCAGCACUGUGGCACAGGAACUGGCGUCCCUGAUGGAAAAAGAAUGUGAGGCAGCCCUUAGGGACAACACUACGCUCAGCAACAAGAUAAAGAAAUACUCAGCGAGGUCCCGGGCAACCGUAGCACCGAUGGAGCUUCCCAUGAAAAGCAGAAGCUUCAAUUUGACCUCUCACCAACUGGGGGCAUUAACUCAGCUGGCCUGCACCCUGCUUGGGUUUGAGACUCAUGUGAAGGAACUUGUCACUAACUUGACCUUCAUCGAUUGUACAGGAGACACUCCCUGUGUUAAAGGCAUCUUAAAAAAGAGUAGAGAGGAUUUGGAGACAGCAGCUGAUGGCAGGAAGUCCACAGGAGACACACCUCAUCACCCACCAGAGGCACAGGUUCUGGAGUUUGACUGGAGGUCAGCAUUUAGGGGGCUGGUCCCUCACAUGGCGCACUGUGUUAAAGUGGUGCUGGAUGAUAUUUGUGCCAAAAAUCUACAGCUGGAGGAAGCCUUACAUUCUUCAGGAGAAACCAAUGUCAACCUGAUUCGCACACCACCGUUUUUACCGGGACACAGCAACAUCAGUGCCAGCAACACCCAUCUCAGAGAAGACUCUUUCUAUACCCACUCAGAGAGAGACAUGCCUAAAAUGAUAGCCAAGUUCUGUGGAGCUAUCAUGGCUGAGCUGAAUGCCUUACUACCCUUGGCAGCUGCCUGCAGGGACAGCUAUCUCCUGGAGGUGCGAUCAAGCUUUGUGGAGGCAUGUGGCAGGGCAGCUUUUGCCAUGCUGGGCCGUUUACAGGAGAGAGCCCUGGAGGUUCCAUCUUCUGCACCCCUGAAGAACCUGCCUGCUCUGCUGGCCAGUUGCAUUUAUGUGUGCCAACGACUGGAGCACUACCACGCCAGGCUGAAGGAUUCAAAUAUUCCUGCAAGUAAAGUACCCCUGACCCUGCUGCCUAUUCAAAAGUACCAAGAUGCAGCAGAGGCUUUGACAGACCAGUUGACCAGCUACUAUGUCCAGGUUUGCUCCACUUGCAUUCUGCAGGACGCAGAGAGCCACCACUGGGCGGACCCCCAACCUUUCUAUGAGGGUGAACGCUGCUCCUUUUCGGUGCAGAUGUGGUAUUACCUCCUGUGUGGGCUCCGUAGCGAUCUGUGGCCUGUCCUACCAGCAGAGUUGGCCAAGGAGGUGCUCGGCCAUGUGCUGUCAGAGACUUUACAGGUGCUGGUACAAAGAUAUGCUAGGGCACAACCUUCAUACAAGAGGCACCUGCAGAUCAGAUGUGACAUUACAGCGCUGCUACUGUAUGUGGAGCAGCUUAUGUGGAGUUUAUGUGAAAAUCCUGAGGCUUUGGUGCGCAUCAACCCUUCUUCAGCAACGGCCAUAAUAGCAGGCGGCUCAGACUGGCCUCACAUAAUCCACAGCCUGUGUGACCAACUCCUCACGGUCCUCAUCACUGUCACAGCUCCACUGUCUUUGCUAUAUAGGACAUUUAUGGAUAAUCCUGAGUCCACAUCACAUCAGUCUGACAGCACUGUUGUCCGGUGGCUUAAGGCUAUUGACCCUGACCUCUUCUCAGAGCAAGCCAUAGGGGAAGGCCUUGUGGGCCACACAUUCUCUGUGUGUCAGUUGAGGCUGCUGACCUCUGACCCAGGAAGCAAUCCCAGGAUGCUUCUCCGGAUGCUGCUGUACAGAGACUGUCACCUGCUCAGAAUACUCCUGGAAAAUUCAUAUUUUUGCCAAGAGACUGACAUUGAAGUAUCUACAGAGAAUCGCAAGGCAGGGGAUGACUUCAUGGUUGCGUUAUUCAACCUUUUCACUCGCCUGAAUAAUGUUCCAAAGGCCUUGACUCAGGCCCUUCUGCCAUACAUGGAGAGGACAUGCAUAUGGGAACAUCUCUAUACAUUAGCAGAGUCAACACAGACAGCACCUGUAGUGAUCAGAUGUCUCCAUGAAACGGUCACCACGUCUACCAAAAGCCUCUUAGUGUACCUGGCCUCCAUGGUAGUGGGGUGGCAGACUUCUGAAGAUCAUACUGGAAAGUUAUUCAAGCGGGAUGUACCAGAGAAUGUGCUGGCUAAAGUACCUAAGGAGUGGAACUACACAACCCUGGAGCCACAGUUGAAGGAUGCUCCUUCUAAGUCUGUCACUUCCCUAGCCAUUCAAGCCAUUUCCCUGGUCUUCACCAACCUGCCUUUGGUUAUAGCAUCUUUGCCUCUACCCGUUCGGUUUCUCUUUCAUGAGGCAGAGAAGCAUCUCUCUCAGCAUGCCAGGCAGCUCCGCAGUGCAGGCUUGUUGGUCUGGGUUGUGCUGGGGUGUCUGAUCCGGGGCCUGGAGGACCCAGACACACUUGAGCAGAUGAGUAAUUUCGCCUUGGACCGACGGGCAAAGGACCGCCUGGCACUGUUGGCUGAAUGCCUACAGGCUGCCAUUGGAAUUCAGCAGAAGGGUGUCCCCAAACCCACAGUGCUCAAGGUUCUGCAGGUUCUGGAGGAAAAAAGGCCCAAGUGGACUAACAUGCAGCUGCAGAAAGCUCGCAAACUGUGUUCAGACAGUGUAUUUGAGCGAGGAAGGGAGAGUGGAGUUGCUGCGGCUGAACUGACUGAGCAGAAAAUAGGCCUGAUGCUGCUGGAGGUCUGCCACAAAGCAGGUGGCAGCGACUACCUGAGGCAGAUCUAUCACAUCAUCCAAGGCAAUGAGGAGCUGUUGAUGUCGAAACUGAAUGGAAGUGUCGACUCAGCUGACAAUGCUCCUCCCUUGGUGACCUUUGGCCUUAGCUCUGAGAUGCAUAGGGAUGUUUCUCGUUUCAAUCCCCUCCACCAGUUUGACCACAUUGGCAAGAAGAAGCUGGAUCAGAGUACCGUGGUCGAGUGGGCAUGGGACUGGCCAAGGCUUCUGCCAGCCUAUCAGGGCAUGAGUCGGGUCACCUUCACAACUCUGCUAGCCAACAGGUGGGAGAUGCAGGAAGAUGCAGAGUUGGAAGACACUGAGAAAACUAUGGUAGAAGAACUUCAGAAAGCAUAUUUUGUUUGCAACUGCAGCACGGGACUACAGGACCCUCCUGAAGCUGAUGAGAGACUGGCAGAGGAGACCCAGGGGGAAACACAACCAUCCGAUAAAAGCGCUGCCCAAUAACAGUCCAUGCAGCUUGAAUUUUUAUUAUGUUGUAAAUGUUUGCUUGUAAUACAAACUUGCAGCUCUCGAGAUAGUAAACUGUGCGUAUGCAUGUGUGCAGAUGUGCAAGUGUAAUUUGGUUUGUGCGUGUACUGUACGCUGUGAGUUUGCAUUUGCGCGUGCACAAAAACAUGAGUGAGAGAGAGGAGAAGAAACUGUGGCACAACAAAAAGAAUGAGGGAGACGGCGCCUCCCUCUUUGUGCACAUGCCUCAGACAAACUCUGUGCUUUCUAUGCUGCAUCAGACACAUUUCAUCUUUUUGGAGCACAUCUCCAGAAAUCAGUUCUGGGAAAUGGAAAGCCCGGAUUUGUUUGCCUGGGACAAGAUGGGACUGUGUGAUCAUUGUAGGUAGUUGAAGUUUUGUGAGUGUAAAGACAAUGGUGUCAGCACACUUUCUCCUGGUUCCUGAAAGCAAACAUCAAAUAUUAUGGUUGGAAAGGAAAAUGAUGUAUGUUUUGAUUACAAUGUGUCCCAAAAAUCGGCCCCACUAUGUGAUAUCAGUCAGUGUUUUAUGCAAACUGAGAAAACGUUUAUUUUACUUGUAACAGGAUUAUUCAGUAUAUUUUUCAAGUUUGUCCAUAUUUUGUUAUUUAUGAGAUGUAGAUGGUUUUAGAAUUUGACAUGAAAAUAAAAAGAUAUUCCUACUUUUACAAUCAA